GGGGGUGGGGUGGGGGGGUGUUUUAUGCAAAGCUUGGGGUUAGCUAGCUACAGCUAACAGUGCUUUUUUGGGGAAAAAAAAAGAGCCUGGCGUUAGCUCGCCUUCAGGUCGAGGGUGGUUUUAAACUCCGGAGGCUUGUUUGUCAACAUAAGCUGACGGUACAUUUGUUAGAGAGCCAGCUACCGGACAACUUUCUGCCCGGUUUACCGAGCUAACCCUACUUUAAAGGCUAAAAGGGGGAGGGAGGGUUUAUAAACAUGAUCGCCACAGCUGACCGCAGCAUUAUCAAUCUAAAGUAACACACACACACACACACACACACACAUAUUAAAAUACAACAAAGUCAGACAUUGUCGCCCUGUUUUUCUUUUUUUUUUUUUAUUUUGUUGUUGUUUUUUUUUUUUUUUUUCUAACGCACAAUCUAAAGCAGCAGUUUGCUGUUGGGGAUCUAUAUAUCUACAGCACAGGAGCUUUUAUUUACCCAGUGAUAAAACGGACAAAAUCAAAAACAGUCGGAGGCCGGCAGGCUUCUCCCUGCACCUGGGAUGGUGCCAUGUGACAGAGCGGCCGUGGAGCCAUAACCCCACCACCACCGCUCCCAUCAUCUCGACUCCAAGCUGCUCGUCCACAACUGACCUCACCCCCCGAAGUCUCCCCUUCCUCCCUUUAUCUUUGCUCUGAGCCCUGGACAAGGCCACCACAGCCACCACAUGACUCACCCACUGGAGCCCUAGAUCAAGUCAGUUGAAGCUGAAAAUGAGUGCAGUAGGGGAAAACCCCCUGGACCCUGCCACGCCAGAGUCACGCAAGAGGAAGGGCUCACCAUGCGUUACAUCAGGGCAAAGUCUGGAGAAGCGGAGACGGGAGCUGGAGUGCCGCUACAUCGAGGAGCUGGCUGAGCUGCUGUCAUCCAACAUGGGCGACAUUGCCAGUCUCAGUGUCAAGCCCGACAAGUGCCACAUCCUCAAGAGCACCGUGGACCAAAUCCAGCAGAUGAAACGGCGUGAGCAGGAGAAAGCACCUCUUCUGUCUCCAGAUGAUGAGGUGCAGAAGAGCGACAUCUCCUCCAGUAGCCAGGGGCUGGUGGAGAAAGAGGCACUGGGGCCCAUGCUGCUAGAGGCCCUCGAUGGGUUUUUCUUCGUCGUCAACCGGGAGGGCCGCAUCGUCUUUGUUUCUGAGAACGUGACGAGUUACCUUGGAUACGCCCAGGAGGAGCUGAUGACCUCUAGCGUCUACAGCAUCCUCCACGUGGGAGACCACAAUGAAUUUGUUCGCAAUCUGCUGCCCAAAAGCCUGGUAAACGGCGUGCCGUGGCCGCAGGAAACUGGCCGAAGGAACAGCCACACCUUUAACUGUCGCAUGCUGAAGAGGCCGCCGGACGAGUUGGAUUCAGAAAAUCCGGAGGCUCGGCAGCAAUAUGAGAUCAUGCAAUGUUUCACCGUGUCCCAACCACGGACCAUGCAGGAGGAGGGAGAGGACCUGCAGAGCUGCCUGAUCUGUAUUGCCUGUCGAAUACCUCGCGCCCAGCCGUUCAGCACUGAGUCUUUCAUCACAAAGCAGGACCCCACAGGGAAGAUCAUCUCCAUAGAAACAAGUGCUUUGCGAGCGACAGGCCGGCCAGGCUGGGAGGACCUGGUCAGGAAGUGCAUCUACGCUUUCUUUCAGCCGCAGGGCAAAGAGCCCUCCCACGCCAAGAAGCUGCUGCAUGAGGUGAUGACCCACGGCACCGCUAUCAGCCCUCUGUACCAUUUCACAUUAAGUGAUGGCACCCCGCUCAGCGCUCAGACCCGCUGCAAGUUCUGCUGCCCCCCCAACCCUGACGUACAGCCCUUCAUUAUGGGCAUUCACACUAUUGACAGGGAACACAACACUGCUAGCUCUCAGGAAAACACUAACCCCAGCCUUCCACCGAACCUUGGCAGCCUUGCCCAAACUCCUUCCCGGUCCCCUUCCCUUCCUCCCGGCAGCAACUGGACCCAAGGCUCAGGCCUCGCCACCUCGGGCCUUCACCCCAACAACAGCAACGCCUCCUCCCACGGACAUAACCCAGCCACACCCACAGGCUACCUGACGCCCAAUCGGACCUGUUCCCAACAGGUGAACAGCCCCUCUCCUUUGAGCAGCCCACUCACAGCCACCCCUACCUCUUUUAUGUCACCCAGGAUGCCACGGGCCAGUCCUGGGUUAGGGGGAAGCCCUCGUAUACCGGGGAACCCCUUCUCUCCUUCCACAGCGGGCCUCCAUUCGCCAGCCGGGGCACUAAGCAGCGGAGGCAGCCUCAACAGGCAGCAGUCUGGCGGUGAUGGUAGUAACGGCGCCAGCGGUGGGUCAACAGGGUCCUUCUCCAUGUCCUCUCCUGUCCUUCAGAGACAAGCCAGUACGCCCACCGGCUCCUCUACUCGGCCCUCAUCGGCAAAACCCCCAGAGGGAGGAGAAGGAGGGGGAGAGGACUCUGUUAAAGCCCCCCUUCCUUCUGGCUCACAGCUGGGUAACCCCAGACCCAAUCAGCUCCUGGAUAGCAAUGGGACAGGAGUUGAAUCUAACAACAACAACAGUAUCCACUGCACCUCAUCACCUCAUCCUCCAAACCCUCCUCCUGCCCCCCAGUGCCCGGCCUCCCACAGUACUCUAACAGAAAGACAUAAGAUCCUCCACCGGCUGCUCCAGGACAGUAGUCCCAGCGACGCCUCCACCCCCAUUGAGGACGGAAUAAACAAAAACCAAGUUGAGAUCAAGAAGGAGCCGCCUGCCAGUCCGGCACUGACAGCAGCAGCUUCCAAGUCCAGCUCCAGGGAGCCACAGGACCAUCAGCUUCUCCGUUUCCUCCUGGAUACGGACGAAAAGGACUUAGGGGACCUGCCACCUCCAUCUGCCCUCAGCCUGCAGACGGUUCGGGUAAAAGUGGAGAAGAGAGCCAGCGUGGACGGAGUGGCCUGCACGGGGUCUACCGUCGCAGCAUCCAAUGCAGGUGCAUCCAAACCUGUGGGAGUCUCCAGCAGCUCAGCCUGCAUGAGUCCCAAAUCGAGCCCCGUCGGAGAAAACCGCCGAGACAGCCGCAGGGACAGCCGAGACUCCACGAUGUCCGCUGGCCCUGUUGACAUGGACCCUCUCACCCAGCUGCUGCCUGGCCUAAGAGGCCCAAGUGGGGUCAAACAGGGCAGUGAGGAUACAACAACCCCUGGAGGAGGCCCCCAACUCCAGUCUCCAGCCCCCCAGCCCCCAGCUCAACUCCAGUCCCCCGUGCCUCAGCUCCAGUCCCCCUUAUCCCAGCCCCAGUCCCUUUCCCAGUUGCAGUCACCGUCACCCCAACUCCACUCCCCUUCCCCCCAGCUCAAACUGCAGUCACCCACUCAGCUCCAGCCCAGUGAGGCCAGCACUCCCCGCAACGUAAAUGUGAAGAGAGAGCCUCCUGGUACUCCUAACAGAGGUCUCAGUGAUGGCGGUCCGCCCUCUGGAUGCAGCCUCCAGAGUCAGUCAUCCUUUGAUUUCUGCAGCCCCCCCACUCCAAGCCAGACACCGGGCCAGGGACAGGGAGACCCCUUCCAGACCCCCAAAGACAACAGCCCCUUCCCAGAGGCAGAAGUUAUCAACCCAUUCAGUUCAAGCACUGGCCUAACCAAGAUGGAUGUGGGAGACUCCCAGUUCCAGCCUCUGGCUCUGUCUGACACCUUGUCCUUUGAUGGUCUUGGAACCCCUUUACAGGCUCCCUUGGCAUCACCACAAGAGCAGUGUGUGCCCUGUACGCUGGAUGAGGUGCUAGGCCCCCCGACCACGCCUGAAGGCCGAAACGAUGAGAAAGCUCUGUUAGAGCAGCUCGUCUCCUUCCUCAGUGGGACUGAUGAGAGUGAGCUGGCUGAGCUGGAUAAGGCCCUGGGUAUUGACAAGCUGGUACAGGGUGGCUGUUUUGACCCUUUACCCCAAAACUUCCCAACCCAGCAACCCACUGCCAGCCCAGUUUCCAUGGACCCUAAACUCCCCACCUACCCUUCCCAAUUCACACCAGCUUCACAAGCUCAGUUUCCUCCAGAGCUGGUCACAGUCGGGCCUCAGGGUCUGGGAUUCGGAGCCCCCCGAGGGGCUUUCCCCGGUGGGACGACGGGAAUAGGGCUGAGGCCGGGAAUGACGCGACCACAGGGGAUGGGCACUCAGCUCAGGCUGCCACCCAACCAACUGCGCCUGCAGCUGCAGCAGAGGCUGCAGGGCCCACAGCAGCUCCAGAACAGGAUGGCGGGCAUGAGUCCGUUUCCAGGAGGAGCCCAGCAUGUGAACAUUGGGAUUCGUCAGGGGGUUCAACAGCCUCAAAUGCCCACCCAACAGCCUCCGCUGAAUGCCCAGAUGUUGGCCCAGCGUCAGAGGGAGCUCUACAGCAUCCAGCACCGCCAGCGCCAGCUUUUCCAGCAGAAGGUCAUGCUGAUGAGACAGAACAUGGCAGGCGCCCCAACUGGAGCCGUGGGGUCCGUUGGAACUGCCAGGGUCCCCAAAGGUCCCCCAACAACGCCUCAACAGCAGCAGCAGUUCAACUUCCCACCAGGGUACAACCCAAUGACGGGAAAAUCCCCUACCUCACCGAGUCACUUCAGCCCUAUGACCGGAGGUCCUCUGGACAACAAACUGUCCGUCAGAGUUCCCCUGAAUAACCAGACGCUGAUGGGCGGCGUGCAGGGCCAGUUCAGCAGCACCGUGAACGCCUCAUUGCAGCCGGCCCUGUUUCAGCAGUUUGGAGGGUCUGCUAUGGUCCAGCAAGAUCCAUCUUUCCCUCCUGAGAUGAGCCCGACCAGCCCGUUGUUGUCCCCUCAAAACUCCACCUCCCAGAGUCCUCUGCUUCAGCAAGCCCCACCUCCUGGCUACCAGUCACCAGACAUGAAGAGCUGGCAACAGACAGGCAUGGGCAGCAACAGCCUGUUCAGUCAGUCAGGACAGAGUGCGGGGCAGGCCUUUGGCCAGCAGGGGGUUUACAACAACAUGAGCAUCACAGUCUCCAUGGCCGGAGGCUCGGGUGGCGUCGGUUCAUUACCUCCCAUGGGGCAGCCGGUUGGCAUGAGCAACAGUAACCUCAGCAAUGUGGGUUCAGUGUGCAGCGACCAGCAGGUGCAGCAGGUUCAGGUGUUCGCGGACGUCCAGUGCACAGUGAACCUGGUUGGCAGUGACUCGUACCUGAACCAGGGCUCCAUCGGAGCCUCGGCCUCCCAGAAGGGCCCCGGACCGCAGGGCUCCCAGAACAACCAGGCCCAGCAGAAGAGCCUCCUCCAGCAGCUGCUCACCGAGUGACAACCCCACCCCUCCCCCCCUCCCACCCUUUUUUCAGCUCUCCUACUCCCCCUCUACUUCUCACUUCUACGCCUCCUCCUCCUCGGAGGUCGGUGCACCAGACCCAUUGCUGUCUCUGUCUCACCUUUUGGAUGGAAGGAAGGAAGGAUGGAUGUUUGGAACGGCCACAACGACGCGUGUGUGUGUGUCGGAUCGGGGGGGGGGGUUCAGGGCUGGUUGUUUUGCCGCCCAGUACUUUAAGAAAAGACUCAAGUCAGAAGGAGCAGCAGUGUAUUUAAACCUGCCUGUCUAAUCUGUCUGACAACCUGUCUGUCUGCCUCAGCCUAUUAAAGGCAGUGUUGUCUUGCUGCUCAUUCCUUGGUGACCUACUUCCUGCUUCCUGACCCAACAAAACAACUGCGACAUCAUUGUAGAUUUGCCAAGUUGUCGUCACUGUCAAAUCAGGGCCGGCCUCCUUUUUGUUUGUUUGUUUGUUUGUUUGUUUUCUGAUCGGACGGUUUCUCUCGGGCCGUUGCAGCAGCAACAGCAGCAGCAGCAGUGCAUCUUGGGAGCAUGAGUUGCAGCAUACAGCUGAGCUCAGCGGUUUUAAGUGUGGGAGUAUCCCACACAGCAGCACCUCUGGCUUUUUAUUUUUGUUUUGGUUUUUUUUUGUUUGUUUUCCUCUACCUGUCUCUCAGCGAUGUGGGAAUGUUAAGGUUUCAGACCUCUGUGGCAUUGUGGGAUAGAAGCUCAGUAUCAGCUGGUUCUGUGACUGUCUCUCUCUAUCAGCUACAGUGCCUGGUGGAAGUUUGAGUUUUUCCCAAGCUCUGCUUCUUCUUCUUCUACAUAUUAUUCUAUUAUGUCUUCUGUUUUAUUAUAAUUCUUUUGGUUGAGUUGUUUUGUUUAAAGUCUUCUGCUCUCCCUGUCGUCGUCAUCAUCAUCAUCAUCAUCAUCUCUUUCAAGAUAUUUUUUUAUUGUGAACCAUGUGUACAGCAGUAAUACAGACUCGUGUGGAGGAGUGGAUAUCAUGCCUCAUUUCAGAUGUUUAACAGCAAAAAAACUAAUAAUACAAAGGGCGGGGGGGCGGGGGUGUAAACAAACCCAAACACCAUGGAGCACACAGAUACGGUAACUUCAACCUCCCCUCCCUUCAACCUUCCUGUCCCGGAGCAGUGCCACCUAGGGGUCAUAAAGACUCUUAACUGUCCGUCCCUUUACGUAGAGGAGACCAUCCUUUCAGAUUCCUGCAGUCUGUCAUUGAGGAUGAAUCGGAUCCUCUCCAGGUUGGAGGGUGUCAGACGGGGUCGCCACGUCUUUCUUUUUCCAAGAGUUUCUUUGCACAGUAUAAAAACCAUAGGGUGGGAGUUUUUCGGGAUAUGCCCCAGUUAAACCAAAAGUGGAUCUGGAUCUUAUCUGGACUUUUCACAACCUUAAAGAAUGAAAAUAAUGCAACCCAGAGUUAAAUAAAUCUGCCUUUACUCUGUCUCAUCUCUGGGAGGAUUUUAUGUAGCUUUACGUUCGAGUAAUGCAGAGAAGGGAAACUGAUUUUAACGUAUUUCAAACCCAGAAUGCACUCUGCUGGUUUCUACAGUUCUUAUUUACUUAUCCGCGGUCGUGCAGUGUAGCGUAUAUAAAUGAAACCACACGUCUUUCCACUAUACAGUCUCCCAGUUUGUCAGUAAUUGCGCUCUCAAAAGUGUGAAGAUGGUUUCUAUUCUGGACGUAUCUGAAGCAGUAACGAUGCAAACGUUCCCGGAAUCUAAAUCUAAAGUCCUUAUACAGUCCUUAUUUCUUCCAUUGAUCAAAGGCUCCAUUCGUAGUUGAAGGAGUCGAUGAUCCGUCUAAAAUAAGUAUCCAGGACUAAAUUAAAAUCAGCACCGAUUAUCAGAUUCAUGUGGAUCUCACCUGUAACUAAAAUAUACCCCCCCCUCUUCAUCUGCAGUCAUAAAGCGGUGGAAGAAAGGAAAGCUAAUUAUUCCCUCAGGCUUCAUUUCUGACAUGUGUCUCUUUAUAAGAAAAUCCCAUCAGCCUGCAGCUCUCUCAGAUGAGAUGAUACCCCCCCCUCCCCUCCCUCCGGUCCAUAUUGAUUCCAUUCACAUUCCACGUACAAAAUGUCCUCCGGCUCCUACAGUACGUCUCCUCCUACCUUAAUCAGCCGGCUGCAGCCUCAAGGACGGAUCGCUCUCCUGCGAUGUUUUUCUGACGCACUGCCAUUCGCCAUUAAAUGAUCUAAUUAGCACUCCUCACCCUCUCCCCCCCCCAGUAACCUCUGAGAUCUUUGUUACAAACCUCUGACUGACUGACUGUAGCGGCGCUGUAGCCCCCCCCAGCACGCCGCCGUUGUUCGCUCUCCGGUGUCUACUUCCCCUGGGUGACCCCCGACACUUCAUUUGGGCCUUUUUUUAUGGCUCUAGUCAAUCUUUGUUCUCCCCUUAGCUUCCCCAACGGCUUCAAUUAUACUUCAUGUGGUUUUGUGGAAACAGAAACUAAUCAAACUCAAAUCUGCUGAAGCUACCAGUGAGUGCUCGACAGCCCCCACACGCCCCACAACACCCCCCCAAAAAAAACACUCAUCUUCAUCAUCAUCUUAACGAUCAUCAGAACAAGCUUUGACAACAGCCAGGAUGGAUUGAUGGAUGGAUGGAUGGAUGGAUGGGAGACAGACAGGAUGCUGCUCAGUUUGGAACUUACGUGUCUUCCUCCCCCCCCCCCCCCCCCCCACCCCACCCCCCACCGGGAGGAGGUUUUAUUAUUUUAUUUUUUUUAAAGUAUAUGAAACUGUUAUGAUUAUUUAACUGUCUAUCCGUCACAUUUUUACCCCUCACCUCAGCAGCUGUGAAUACAGAGCCCUGUCGGGUUCUCUCUCUCUCUCUCUCUCUCUCUCUCUCUCUCUCUCUCUCUCUCUCUCUCUUUCUCUCUCUCUCUCUCUCUAUGUAUCUUUCAUGCUAUCUCUCGGCCUAUCAGUGUUGUUUGCCAUGUGCACCAUGCAGGCGGGUAGUAUUGUACAGUACAGAAGGACAAAGACUUGGGGAUGAGCUCACUCUUCUCUUGUAACUGCUUUCCUUUAAAAGAUAAAAAGAAGUGUAAUUAAUUGAUUAUUCAGAACAGCAAAACGAUGUAUAAUGUGAUUCGAUCCAGGUUUUUAUUUUUUAGUUUCCUUUUUUUUUUCUCUUUAUAACUCUAAUAAUGUCAGCUCAUGGUUUUUGAGAUUAUUUUUGGCAUCAUUAUAUUGUAAUACCGCUACAUGUUGCAGUGGAGGAGGAAGUUAUUCCAUCUUCUGAAAUGUGAAAAGAAAUUUUAAGCAAUUGAUUUAAAGACGUAGCUAGAAACUCGCUCCCGUCGGCGUCCCGCUGGGCGCUACAAGAGGCCACACACACAAAAAAAAUGGGGUUUGAUUGCUUUGCUUUCUCUUGUGGUAACCAGGGAGCUAGUUAGCCAUCUUUUAUUGCUUUCUCCUCUUUUUUUUAUUCUUAUGUAUGUACAAUACUUUCAAGAAGACGUUUCAGACAGUACAUGUGUUUGUAACCAUUGUAUAAAAAGAAAAAAAGCAUAAUAAUACCUUUUUAAAAGUUAAAAAAACGCGUUCUUUGCUGCGAUCACGUGACCUCCGCCGAUGCUAGCGGUACCGAGCCGGGAAACCGUGGGUCGCAGCAAACGACGCGCUUUUUUCGGAUAUUGUUCCUAUAUAAUGACAUUUAAGUAGAGGCUUUAGUAAUAGAAGUUCCUAACAAAAGAUUGUGAUGGAUAAUUAAUUUAAAGCUGUCAUGAAAUUGAAUCAAAACAGGACGUGCGGGGUUGAGUCGCAAAAAAAAAAAAACAUCCAUUAUUUUCUUUUAUUUUCUCCUCACCUCCUGCAGACCUGUUCCAUCAGUGUUCCCCUCAAAGGGUUUUUAUUUUAUUUGUAAUUUUUUUGGGAUUCAACCCUUUUCUCCCUCCACCUCUCUGGUUUCCCUGAUGAAGACUUCACUCCACUGGCUACACACACACACACACACACACACACACACACACACACACUCACAUACAGUUUUCUGUUGACUACUGUUGCUCAGUCAGACACUGUCUCUCUCAGCAAUAACAGACCUCUGUUAACAACAAGUUCACACACCAAACAGAAAAGAAAAAUGUGCUGCUCUACAGCUCCCAGGAAUUUAGAAAAAAAAAAAACCUGCCGAGAUGUUGCCUCUAAAUACUCUUUACAUGAAGAUCUCGAUAUCAGGCGUGUGAAAUAUCAGCGUUUUGCUUAGGGCUCAGUCUCACACACUCAUAAUAACCCAAAGGUUACAAGUGUAGGAUGCUAUUAAGACUGACGUGUUUUCUAUCAGUCUCUCUCUCUUUUUAAACACAGGAAUAAUGUUCAUGAGGGGAACGUCCAGUACAUCUGCCACGUCUGUGCUCCAGCACGAAAUCCGACGUUCUCCCUCACUGAUCGAUUCCUGUUGCCAGUUCUCUCUCUUCAUUUCAUCGUUUGUCGUUUUCUUUUUUCUUUAUUUUCCUGUCCUGGAAAAUUGGAGACCGUAGUGGAACCGGCGGAGAGAGCGCAGACCUCACAUUCAGAUAUUCGGAAGCGCCAUCGCCCCCCUCUCCUCUCCCCCCCUCCCCGCCCCCUCCACUUAUUAAUCCUCACUCGCUUUAGGUCAACAACAUACAGUCUGAUUGCUACUUCAGUGGAAUAGGGCUUUCCUGUGUACUGUUUUUUCAGAGAUACUUCACCGUAUGCAACGUUAAACCCAGAUACAGAGGGAUAGUAUGCAAGGUCAACAUUCCACCCACCAACUCCUCCAGUGUUGUAUGAUGUGAGAACCACUUUGUGCUCAGCUGCAAAUGCUCUCUGUGUGUGUGUGUGUGUGUGUGUGUGUGUGUGUGUGUGUGUCUGUCUGUCUGUCUGUGUGUGUGUGUGCGCGCAGAUGCAUGCACUGCGUAUCCAAACAGAGGCCCAGGAACUGUCGCCAUCUUUCAGCUUUCUUAUUCAUUUAAGUCCUGAAUGCAGGAAACUCCUCCAGCCUCCUGGACUCAAACAAAGUAUUCACCGAGACCUUUUCUGACUUUUUUAUUUUUUCUAUUUGUCUGUGUGUGUAUAUUUAUUUAGAGAAGCAUGUGGAUAAAUCAUCAGUAGGCUUUUAUUACCUCAUUACUGUGUCAUCAGACAGGUGUUCUGUCCGGUGAUCUUUUUCCUUUACGACCAUGUUUUCACACUGUGAGCAGCUCGUUUGAUCGGUCGGCUGACGAUCAGCAAACUCGCGUACAUUUUUCCGCUUCACCUGCUUAACGUUACCUUUUUGGCAACGUUACAUAAGUUUGAUUCAACAUUGCUGGCUUGCGAUGAGAGUGAAAAAUGUUUGUGUUGAGAUUUAAGGCUGCAGCUAACGAUUAGCAUUAUCGAUUAACCUGUCGAAAGUCACUCCUCGCUAUUUGUGUUUGAUCAGCAACACAAAAACCUAAAGAUGUUCAAUUUAUAAUAGUAUGAAACCAAGAAAAGCAGCGAAUCCUCAACCCUGGAGAUGCUGGAACAAGCUAAUGUUGCUUUUGCUUGAUGAAUGCAGUUCAUUUAUAAUCAAAAUUGUGAUUUGACAUCACUUAUGAGGCUUAUACCGCGUCCUGAUUCUUUCCCUUUGACCUCGAACCUGCAAGUUUAUGUAAAACAUAAUGGUGUCUCAGAGUAAAACUUCCCCCCCUACCUUUAAACUGAGACCAAAGAAUGCUACGAACAGUUUAGGACAGUAAUGAAAUGGACCCAACUUGCAGUUUACUGUUCAACUUUAAGAAGUUAAACCCUCCUCCAACCUGAACUGGGAGUGUUUAGACAUUUUCCGUUCCACUUUUGAUCAGCUUGAUAAACAGUGGAGCCUCCAAAAGCUAGGAAAUACUUUCAGGAGAAAACUCAAUUCCUAUAUUGUUCAAAACAAAAUCGAUAAAGGCUGCCUGCACUUAGACUCACGUCCAUUCAGCACUUACGGGGCAGUAUUGUUGAUAAAGAGAGAGUCAGUUGGGGGGCAAGGAAGCUCAGAAUCUGCAGCUGGUGACGCGUUAGUUAAUUAAAGAGUUGAGGGCUUCCUGUAAAUUCUUUCUCACAGUGUGAAAGCGCCGAUCAGACGCUCCUGCGCCGCUGUUUGGUCCAUGUAUAAAAUACUCCGAAGAGACAGAAGCUGCACAAAGUGGAAGAAUGUAUUUUUUUGGAAGGAUUCAGCCACAUUUCGUUUAUCCGCUCUGAUGAUUUCACACAUGCAGUAUUGACUCCCCCUUCCUUCCCUCCCUCCCUCCCUCCUUUCACUUUUCUGCGUGGAAUAGGCAUUCCUAUGGAAGUGGUUUCCUCUACAACCCUGUUAACUGCAGAAACUCUCAGCUUAUCCUGCGAUUCAAAACAAACAUGCCAAAUACAACCAAUGCAUAUGUAAUCUUUUUUUUUUUUUUUUUAUGCAACAGCCAUUCAAUGGAAACGACAUCAGUCCCUCCUUCCUCACUACGAUUAACAAGGUACAAGGUUCUUUUUGUAACAUUGGUUUCAAGAUGUUAACAUAAUGUAUAUAACAGAGAAAUGUGAAUAUGUAUUUGUUCAGAAUCAACAAAAAAGUUGUGCUCCGAGUUUGUGGUAAAAAAAAAAAAACUACUCGCCUCCGUCAUGUUUUUAUUUUAUGUUUUUGAUUUUCUACUUUUUUAUUUUUCUGAUGAUGUAUGUAUGUAUAUGACUAUCAGUGAGUGCGUAUGUAUGUGUGUAAGUGAUUAAUACUGUAUAUCUGGUGUUCUCUAAGAUGGAAAAGUCGAAGAUGUCCUGGUUUGAUUCUUUUCUUCUUUUUACUCUUUAGACCCUGCACAGUACCUGUGGGUGUUUUCAGAUAACUAUGCCAGAGAAUGGUUUUUAGCGACUGCUGAAUGUGAUUUUACUGAGAGAGAAGCAGUGUGGACUGGCUUUUUGUACGGGUUAAUUUAAAAAAGGCCAUAUUAUUUAAUUUUCUCUGUUGUCAAAAGUUUAAGCAGAUCUGGGAGAGUGGAGCCUUGGUUUUAUGGAGAAGCAUUGCCUGGUUGUUGUGUAUAUUAGUGGGCUUUUUCUUUUUCUAACUGUCUGACUGAUGUAGCCUUUUUUGCAUUUGUCAAUAGUAAAUGACCAAAGCUUCAAGAUGUGUGAUGGAUAUCAUAUGCAAACCUCAUCAUCACUGGACAAGACAUAAUGUAGCGGCUCUUUUUUUGUUUGUUCAUUUGGAUUUCUGUCUUUGGCGCACAGCGACGUUGCUGUUCGGCGUUGUUUUUUUGCAUGUCUCGACUUUUCCUCGCCCGUUACUUUCUAGACACACUCUGUCCUUAUUUUUCUUUAAAGUGGCCUCUCAGCAGCAUUCUGUGUGAUGUCCCAAAGUUAGGUCAGUUUUAGAGACGUCUCCACUUUGCCAAUGAGGUCUUUUGUGCCUGAAGUGCUAUCACUCGUUUACAGGAAGAAAAGAAAACAUUGCAACCGAUAGCUAUGCACCUUACUGAAACAAGCAUUUCCUCACGUUGACUUGGGUAUGUAGAAUUAACACUGGAGCAACACUAAAUCAUUAAUUUCAUAGGCAAGGCAUUUAUAGUUCACACAAAUGACAAAAAAAGCCCCUUCAGCGGGAGUUUCCCUCUCAGUGAAUUUAGUCUAGUGAAUUUAGUUGAUAUCUGAUGACCUUUCUCAGCUUUUAAUCUCAUUCUUGGAAAGAAAAAACUUUUUUUUUUCCAUUAACUAAAUACUUUAUACCAAACUUGAGGUGCCUCGUGUAUAUAUUUUCUGCAGUGAAGAUUGCUCCUUUGCUGUUUAACAAUAAUAACCUUGUUAACCAGGGUUUUUUUAAAACCUUUUUUCACCUUUGUAAAAAAAAGUUUACUGUAUUUUAAAUGACUUUUUUACACACAUAGAAGAUUAAUCAGACUAUUCCAGGAAUUUGCAAAUACAAUCUAAUUUUGCACUUUAUAUCAGAUUUACUUGGGAGUGAAAAGGCCAUCAGAAACUGUCUCAAUCAGAUCAGUAUUUGGAGAAUAAAUAAUGUCCCCUGAAUGUACCAAGAAAAUAUUAGUUUUACUAGUUUAAUUUGAAAUUAACGAAUUGCUCAGGUUCUUUAUGAAGAACUUGACUGUAGUGGAUACCCAUUAUCCAAAUGACGACUUAAAAUUGUACACCUUCUUUGUAAUGUAGUUCUCUGUCUCUCUUUCUGUCUUUCUCUGUCUACACCAACCGAUCCUCAGUAUAAAUACUAUGCCAAUCUUCUUCAGGUGACGUCCCUCCCCUCCUCUCUCUGCGCUGUCAGCUGACACCAGGCGUACUGUUAAUAAAAAAAAAAACCUCCUCCAGCUUGAACUCUCAGAACAUUCCUGCUCGCAACACAGUUUCAGCAAUCGUCAACACUUAGCUCUGUAGCUGCCGCCGCCACCACCACUCGGCUGUCACUUUCCCGCAGCUUUGAACGUGUUUUUCCUCAAACCAAGGUUGACACUCGCUUUUUUAUUAGCAAGAAGUCUAAAGUCUGGUUGUGUGAGACUUAACCUCUGCUAUCUAGCAACAAUUGUGCACUGACAUUAAUGACAACACACUAACUUGUGUUGCUUGUCUUCUUCUGUUUUGCUUGUCUUGUCACUUUUGUGCUGCCUAAUGUAGAAUAUUUUGCGGUGUGCUGAUACCAGGAUCGGGCCAAUGCCUGGUGCAGGAUCGGGCUAAUGUCUGGCUAAUCAGAGAUAUUAAUUAAGAGACAAUUUGACGUGUAAGAUAUAUUCCAUAAAUGAAAAGAGAAUACAGUUUGAUCAGUUUAGAUUGUUUUUUUCCUCAAGCAUAAUCAAAAAUAUGAAGCAUUGGUCCAGAAUGGUUUGGUAUUAGUGCACCGCUAAGACUCCAUUGUCCUUUAAAUCCCACUCAUUCCUAAUGCAGGUGUUCUAAACUAAUCUCUACUCUGUGUGAAAGUUACUACAGCAUCAGUUGUCAAGUAUUGUACGUGCUGCCGCAUUGGGACUGAGGUUGGAUAUGGUUCAGAGACUUCAAAAGAAGGCUUAUUAUUAACUCACCACUUUGUGUUGUUGUUUUGGGGGCGGUAAUGCUUUCUCUGGAGAAUUUGCGAAAAAUGACCAAGGUUCCACUUUCUCCCUUGUACAAAUUAAUAUAAAUAAAUAUAUAUAUAAAUAUAUAUUAUACAUUUUACUCAUUUUUGUCCAGUUUUGUAUAUUACACUCAUGUAAAGUUUGUUUUUAAAGAGGCAUCGGAGCAGCUAUUACAAGACAAUAUGAGUGACAAUGUUCAUCUGGGAGAAUUUUAUGCAUGUUAUAUUUUCUCUUUUACUCUCUCUCUCUGUCUCUUUUAAUGCCCCCCAACCCCCCUGUUCAGGUGUGUAACGUGAAUAUAAAGAAAUCUACCUUUUCUUUGGAAUGUUGUAGACAAUCAGUCUCAGGCCGGGUCCAGUCCCUGCAGGGAGUGAGAGCCCUGUAGGCUGAUAGACAAACAAAACUCAUUUUGUUUGACAAUUAAAAAAAAAAAAAACUCUUUAUUUGCAUCUACUGGAAGUCUAAAUUUGGAGGUUUGUUCAUUCAUAUGUUCGUGGCUGCUCAAGUUUACACACACACACUUCUCUACUACACUCAAAACACAAACACCUCGUGCAUUUGAUCCCUCUGCUUUUUUUUUUUCCAAGGUAAAGAUGCCAACCUUGAGGAAAUGAUGCUUUGACUAACAAAUCUAUAACAUCUAUGAAUGUGGGAAUGCAACACAUUGCAAUAAAAGCACCAUUUGAAAUGCA